AUGGGUGGCGCCGCCGUGGCCGUUCUUGCCGCCGCAACCGCUCGCCGGAAAUCUGGUCCGUUCGUAUCCUUGUUCUCCAGGGCAGCGCGCAGGCUCCACGAUGCUGCAGAGACUGCAGCGGCGGAGGAGGACAAGGCAAGGACGCGGAGUCGGCGGCGGCGGCGGAGCUGCAGCAGCCUCCUUCUUGGACCGGACUUCCCCGACACCUGGGACCCUUCAUCGCGUGACACAACGCCGGAGGCUCCUCCUCGGUGUGCCCAAGCUGAUUAUGAUUGCACUGCAACCAUUAUUGAUGGCAAGUCCAUUGCGGAGGACAUAAAGUUACAUAUUGCUGAAGAAGUCUGUCAAAUGAAACGUUCAGUUGGACAUGUGCCUGGUCUAGCUGUUGUUUUGGUUGGUGAUAGAAGAGAUUCUGAAUCAUAUGUGCGAUACAAAUUGCCUGGAAACUGUUCAGAAGAUGAAGUGAUGGAUUCAGUGUCAAGAUUUAAUGAAGAUCCAUCUGUUCAUGGCAUCCUAGUGCACUUACCUCUACCAGAGUUUUUGGAUGAGGAAAGGAUUCUGAGCACCAUCAGUCUGGAGAGAAGGAUGUGGAUGGCUUGCAUUGAGUUAUUGCUCCGAUCUGGGAUUGAACUGAUGGGCAAGCAUGUAGCUGUCAUUGGGAGAAGCAAAGUUGUUGGAUUGCCCACUUCCUUACUUUUACAGCGGCAUCAUGCCACUGUCAGUGUUAUCCAUGCCUUCACAACAAAUCCAGACUUUAUCACCCGGGAGUCUGAUAUUGUGAUAUCAGCUGCUGGGGUGGCCAAUCUUGUAAGGGGAAGCUGGUUAAAGCAAGGUGCAGUGGUGAUUGAUGUUGGGACAAAUCCAAUCGAGGAUCCAACCAGUGAUUACGGUUAUCGCCUAACUGGAGAUGUCUGCUUCGGAGAAGCAGUGAAUGUGGCCUCUGCUAUAACUCCAGUUCCUGGCGGAGUUGGACCAGUAACGAUUGCGAUGCUUCUUGGCAACACACUUGAUUCAGCAAAACGUGUUUAUGGCCUAAGUGACUGA